CUAAUUGGUCUACUUGAUCUCAAAUUCAAAAGGAUGUUUUUGGUGGCAGAUGGCAGAUAUGGGAUAAAAUCCUGAUGAAUUCUACAGGUCAAAUUAGGCAAUUCUUGCAAAUCUCAGUCAUACUCAUGAUUUAUUGCAGAGACCACAGCAUGAUUGCUUUGACUCUCCCUGGGAUGCAGUUGAUUUGCCACCCUUAUGCAUAUGGGUCCUGUGAAAUCACUCAAGUAACUUACAGUAAUUUCAUUGGUUCUUCCUUUUCUUUUAAAGAUUGUCUUAAUCAGUUUUCCAUGGGAAAGUUCAUAUGCCCUUGAAGACAAUCUGAAAAUAGGCCUUCAAUAUUUUAACUUCAGAGUAGGGUCUACCAGCAGAGUAAUUGUAUCUGCCUUUGUUCUAUUGUUCAUGUGCAAUGUGAUUUUGCAUAACUGAAGGUAUUUCAGAAUCCUGUGAACAUGGAGGACCCAGAGAGUGAUGAUUCUGCAAUUGACUUUCUUGAGGCUAUGGCAAAGAGAUCCUAUUUGGAAGGCUGGAAUGAAGAGACAUGGGAAGAGGAAAUGGAGAAGCAUCCAGCAUUCAUGACUAAACCUGCUGAGGGACCUGACAUACCUCCUUUGGUUGAAGCAUUCCAGCAACUUAAGUAUGACCCUGAGGAGAACACUAAAACAGAUUUAGCUCAGAACUACAAAGAGGAUGGGAAUCGUCACUUCCAAGCCAAGAAGUAUCACCUGGCUAUUGAGAACUACACUGCUGGGAUCAAGGAAAAUGCACCAGACCUAAGCCUGAAUGCUAUCCUUCAUGCUAACCGUGCUGCUGCUCAUUUCAGAUUACAAAAUUUCAGGUCAUCCCUGAGAGAUUGCAUUGAGGCAGUCAAGUUGGACCCUAACCAUUACAAGGCUGCACUCAGGGCAGCAGAAUGCUGUAAGGAACUUCAUGAGUUCCCAGAUGGAUUCAAAUGGUGUGCUUAUGCCAGAAAACUUCCAUCAGCAAUAGAAAGCAAAGUGCAGGAAGCCCAUGAAGCACUCCUCAAGCAACAGAGAGACUGGGAACACAGGCAGAAGAAAGAAGCUGCUGAAAUGAGGAAACAGGAAAAGAAGGAACGCAGGUUACAAAAGAUCUUGGACUCACAAGGAAUCAAGUUUUUUGGCAUGCAGCCAAAAAAUCUGGAAGAGAAGGUUAAGGUCGAUGAUGAUGGAGAAUUGCACUGGCCUGUGGUUUUCUUUUACCCUCAGCAUGGUCUCAGUGAUUUCAUUGAGGAAUUUUAUGAGCAGGGAAGCAUCCAAGAGCACUUGGAGGAGAUGUUCAAAGAACCUGCUUCAUGGGAUGCAGCAGGGGAGUACAAGCCAAACCUCCUUGAUGUUUACUUUGAAGAUCCUGACAGGUAUACCCUACACAUGGUUGAUCUGAAUGCUCCUCUUGUCAAGAUCCUCUCUCAUCCCAGGUAUGCAUGA